CUUCCCUGGUGAUCAAUGUAGUGAACAAAAGACGUGUUAUAAGGACGUCUUGCUGGUGACUCACACAACAAAACGUUAUAUAUGAGAAAAUAACAAUGAGUGCAUUUGCCAGCAAGAGUGGCCGGGUGGUACCCCCUCAGUCACCCAGUCAGUCUGGUGUACCUCCAGGAGGCAAUACAGACUUAGCUAGCCUAUUUGAAUGCCCAGUGUGUUUUGAUUAUGUAUUACCCCCAAUAUUACAAUGCCAGAGUGGUCACCUUGUCUGUGCCAACUGCCGCCCAAAAUUGACAUGCUGUCCAACCUGUAGAGGACCACUAGGCAAUAUCAGAAAUCUAGCCAUGGAGAAGGUGGCAUCCACAGUCAUGUUUCCUUGUAAGUAUUCCUCGUCAGGCUGCUCAGCAACCCUCCUUCACACAGACAAAACAGAACAUGAGGAUACAUGUGAGUUCCGUCCAUACAUGUGUCCAUGUCCUGGAGCAUCCUGUAAAUGGCAGGGAUCUUUGGAACAAGUUAUGCCACACCUCAUGAGCGUCCACAAAAGUAUCACAACUCUACAAGGUGAGGAUAUAGUUUUCUUAGCAACAGAUAUCAAUUUACCUGGAGCUGUAGAUUGGGUCAUGAUGCAGAGCUGUUUUGGUCACCACUUCAUGUUGGUUUUGGAGAAGCAAGAAAAAUAUGAUGGACAUCAACAAUUCUUUGCAAUAGUUCAACUAAUAGGAUCAAGAAAACAAGCUGAAAACUUUGCCUACAGAUUGGAGUUAAAUGGACUUCGGCGAAGACUAACUUGGGAAGCCACACCACGAUCAAUACAUGAAGGUGUGCAGUCAGCCAUCAUGAACUCUGACUGUCUUGUCUUUGACACAUCCAUUGCCCAGUUGUUUGCAGAUAAUGGUAACCUUGGAAUCAAUGUCACAAUAUCCAUGUGCUGAAGGACAUCAACUGGUCUGGAGAAGGUUUUCACCAGCCAAAACUUGAAUGUGCUCAAAGCCUUUGUGGUGGCCAAGAUGCCAAGCAUUACUGAUGGGGAAAGCCUCAUGUCAAGAACGACAGGAUUGGCCCAAGUACAACAGCAUAUUUACAACUGUGUGGAUGUGAAAAAUAACUUUGUAAAUAGUUUGUUUUUUCAAGGAAUGAACCAAUAUUUUUUUUCCAUUCAUCACAACUAAUGUAAGUACAUUGUGUUCAUCAGAUCUGCAUUAUUUUAUUUACUUGAGUUACAGUUAUGGUAAUUUUGUAGUGAACAUAUAUAAUGCUUACAUUAUCUACAACUUGGAUGUGUGAGGAAAUGUCAUCAGAUCAUAAAUGUGGACUGAGUAAACUUUCAAAAUGCAAAUUUAGAUGAAAAUAUUAAUGUAUACUGCUAUAACUAUAACAAGAAGCAUCAGUAUUUUUGUAAGUUGGUUAUUACUCACACUUCUUUGAGGAUUGGUGUGUGUUUGGAAAAGAGAUGAUUCUUGUAUUACAACAGAGACUCAUAUCAGUGAUAUAGUAUUAGUGACUCCAGAUCACUUUCCAUAAUUCAGACUUCUCCUGUGGUAGAAAGUCAUGGGAUAACAAACUGAAAGUGUAUGAGUUUAUUAAGGUAAUUAUUUAUUUACUUUUCCCAUGAUGUAUUUUUUGUGGUAAUAAUAGGAAUGCCAUAUGUGAGGGACAAAUAAACAAUAGAACAUCUUCAGUCUUACAAGAUUUUUGUAAAAUAUGUAGGUAGUUUAGAUGGUUUUACUUAUUCUAUUUGCUUUUAAAAUAACUUGUACACUUUUCUUCUGACUAAAAAGACUAAAGUUUCUUGUGGAUAGUUUACGUACUUGGUCAUGUAGAACAAUGAGUGGCAUAAGUACUUUAAAACUGUUUUUCUCAAAAAUAAGAGACCUUCAGAAAGACAAUUCCAAAGGUUUAUGCAUUAUUUAUCGUCUGGAAGAACUGGAAUUUUGUCGCAAGUCUGCAGUUGAUUAUGCAGUCUGAGAAGGGCUUAUAUUUGGCAUUACUGCAUUUGUUCUCCUUUAUUUUUACAAUUUAGUUUUACAUGAAUAUAUUUUCUAAAUUAUGUAAUGAAAUUAUGAUAUUGUUAUUAUUAUUAUUAUUAUUAUUAUUAUUAUUAUUAUUAUUACUAUUAAUAUUAUUAUUAUUGAUAUUUUUAUCAUUAUUAUUAUUAGUAGUAGUGGUAGUGGUAGUUGUAGUUGUAGUUGUAGUUGUAGUAGUAGCAAGUAGUGGUAGUAGUAUUGGUAGGAGUAAUAAUGAUAAUAAUAAUAUUAUAAUCAUCAUCAUCAUCAUCAUGCAUCAGUCAUUAUCAUAAUUUUUAUUAAUAUUAUUAUUAUUAUUAUUAUUUUUAUUAUUCUUAUUGUGAUUAUUAUUAUUAUUAUUAUCAUUAUUAUUACUAUUACUAUUACUAUUGCUAUUAUUUUUAUUAUUAUUAUUAUUAUUAUUGUUUUUGUUAUUGUCUCUGCCUUCAUCCAUUAUUUUCUUAAAACUUAAACCCCUUCACAUCCUUAUGUUUCUUUCUGUGGCUUUCAACAGAUCUAUUUUGUUUGAGUUACAAAUGUAUUGUUUACAUUCAUGUGUGUAUGUAUUUUUACACAUGCAAACGGAAAUGCACAUGCACAUGCAUACACAGACACGUGUGCACACACAGACACAAAUACAUACAUCCACUAUAGCACACAAGCAUAAACAUGCACAGAUACACUCACAUGCAUGCAGACACACUCAUAUGCACGCAGACACUCAUAUGCAUGCACACGCAAACACACAUAUGCACACACACUCAUAUGCAUGCACACGCACACACACGCAUACGCAUACA